AUUCUUCCUUGUAAACUUUGAGAAAUUUGUACCCUGUUGAAGUUGUUUUUAUGAUGUGCUCCUUUUUAAUUGUUUGGAUCAAUCUGAUUUGGAAUCAACUUGUGUCCUAUUAAUAGAAUAGUCGUUUAGCCAAAAUAUUUUGAGCAGUGUAAUUCUUUGAAAUUGUGUGUAUUGAGAACUGUAAUUUCAUACAGGUUUUGUUCUAUUUUCACGGGAAUUUGACUGUGUUCAGCUGUUAAAAUAUUUAUCUUGAAUUAGAUUAAUAAAAAGAAGAUUUUGAGCCAAGAAAUACUGUUAUAAUAAUUACAAAAAGCCAUGGAAAAUGCUGAUGUACUUGUAGCGCCACCUUUAUUAAGCUCUUUGACUGAACCUGUGGUGGCACCAAAAAUAACUACUACAGUAAAUUUGUCAUCUUCUUGUCCAUGGGGUAAAAUUAAUGCUGUAGAGACUGUUUCUUUGAAUGAUGUAAUGAGUGAACAACUUAUAAGUUCUUUAGUUGAAGAAAAACCUGCAACACUACCUGAUUCAACUUUAUUUGUAGAUGAUUUAACUGGCUGUGGAGAUGAUGUAACUGACUGCAGUGAUGAUUAUUUGCUUGCUAAAAUGCUGCAAUUGGAAUUUGACAAAGAACAUGAUGAAAUUUUGAAGCAUGAGGAAUCUAAAUACAAUGGUCAAAGCAAAGUGAAAAUCUCCUAUGGGAAAUACCGCCGUCUUCCUGCUGAAGUUGCUUCAUCAGAAGAUGAUGAUGACAAAGAUUACUUUUUAGAACAAAAUCAAAAAAACCACUGGAGUAAUUUUGAGAAAGCAGAGAAGACAUUUCAAGCUGUUGGGAAAAGUGGUGUUUCUCGUCAAGGAAAUGUGACUACCACUAAACAUGACCCUACUGUUUGUGGAAGAAGAAAUGCUGGGAAAUUAAUGGAGUUAAAUUCUUGUAUAUCUACUGGUGAUGGUGGGAUGUUCGAUAUGAAAUUGUCUAACAAUGUAUACAAUACUCUGAGGACCUAUUCUAAGGCUGAAAGUAAAAGAGGGCAAAGAUUGCAUGAAAAAAAAGAAAAAUCAACUGCUGAAAAAGCAUUAGAUGAAAAAACGCAUCUAAUCUUAUACAAGCUGGUUAAUAACCAAAUGUUAGAAUCCCUCACUGGUUGCAUCAGCACUGGAAAAGAGGCCUGUGUGUACCAUGCCUGGAGUGGUUUGCCAGAAGAAGAAUCUCCAUCACCAGAGUUUGCCAUAAAAGUGUACAAAACCACUUUGAAUGAAUUUCAGAAUCGAGACCAAUACAUUAAGGAUGAUCAUCGAUUCAGAAACCGCUUCACAAAACAAAAUCCUCGAAAAAUCAUUCAUUUGUGGGCUGAAAAAGAAAUGAGAAAUUUAAUUAGGAUGAAAGAGGCUAGUAUACCAUGCCCUGAUGUAGUUGUUUUAAAGAAGCAUGUUCUAGUUAUGUCAUUUAUUGGUAAAAAUACUUUGCCUGCUCCAAAACUCAAGGAUGUAGAAUCACCAUUUGAGGAUUUGACCAUUAUGUUUGAGCAAACUGUAGAGAUAAUGAAAACUUUGUAUUCAGAAUGCAGAUUGGUCCAUGCUGAUCUUAGUGAGUACAAUUUGCUGUGGCAUGAAGAGAAGGUAUGGGUCAUUGAUGUGAGUCAAGCCAUCGAGACUACGCAUUCCCGAGCUCUGGAAUUUUUACUAAGAGACUGCACAAAUAUAACAUCAUUUUUCCAGAAAAGUGGUGUACUAAAUGUUCCUACUCCUGAAGAUUUAUUUUUCAGAAUUUGUGGUAAAUAUCCCAUUUUUAAUUCUGAAGAUCUACUACCAGAGGAAGAAAAAUAGGUAGAAUUGUGCUAUUGUUCUUCUCAAGGAGCGAUUUGUAAUGAAAAGAUAAAUUUCUGUGAUUAUCAGAAACGUUCGAACCUGUGAUCUACUUUUAUAAAUGCACAAUAAAAAAUAUAAAAGUGUU